CUCAGACUGCCUCAAUGGCUCAGACUGCCUCAAUGGCUCAGAUUCAAUCCCAGUCCCCUCCAUCAUCCAGUCGCUGGCUUCGAGUCGCGCACCCGCCCUGUGCACGACUCGUCAACUGCCUGACUGCGAUCGACGACGCCGUCGCACUGCUCACAGACACUCCAGCAGGACUGAUCGAGCUGCACACGCUGAACGAUGCAAGUCCAGCCAAGGCCGACGAUGGCCCAACGCCGCCGCUCCACUCGAUCGCAUGCCGACACCAGUCGCCAUUGCAUACAGAUAGUCUCACUGUCACUAGUACAACCGCUGCGAGCGGCGUGGCUCGAGACUUGUGCUCCAACGCGGAUUCGGAUGUGGAUUCGCAGCCGACGUGCUUUGCUUGGCUCGCACACAACCAGCAAGACCCAACCCGCCAUCUGGAACCGGAAUCAGGGCGGCAGCAUUGCCUGCUUGCUGUUGGAACCCAGGAUUGCCGCGUGCUGGUGUUUGAUUUCGGAUUGCGCGUUGGUUCCGCGACUGUUCCGCCAAAGUUGGUCUACACUGCUCGCGUCGCGUUCAUUCCGGCCGAUAUUGCGCUGACGCUUGUUCAGAACACGGACAAGGUUGCUGUCAUCAUUACGGGCGUGUGCGGCAUCGCUGUGCUCCCGCCGUUCUCAAUCAGCGAGCCAUCGUCGCAGCCCGUUGUUGUUCAUCACACCUUUCCAUUCUACGGAACGUCUGUAUGUUCGGUGGACGUGUCGCCGUGUUCUGGAUGGAUUGCGUUUGGGUGCUACGACGGUCGCGUUGCCGUGUUUCCCAUCACUCCAGCACUGUUUCAUGCGCCAGCAGCAUUCGACGCAAACCCCCAUCAUCGACCACGGCUGCCGUCAGACUGCAUUUGGCUGCUACCCUCUGGCGGGGCCCGAAUCACCUCUAUUGCGUUCUCGUCUUCUGGAACCUUUUGCGCCUUUUCGACUUGGGAAGGCCAUGUUCAUGUUGCGGCUGCGCGGCAAUUUCCGGCAGACUCGGCGGCCGGCGCGGAAGUCCCUGCAGUGGCACUGACGUGGUCUCUUCUACCGGAGGGGAGUUUUUUCCUUGGCGAGUCGACCAAAGCCAUUGAAACACAUCCAGCAAUGGUGCUAGCUUGGGCGCCACUGAGCACGAAUGGCAACAACGCUGAACUUUUGGUCGUUGGCGGGCAUUCCCCACGAAUAGCUGUUGUUCAAGUGUCCCAGUCGCGACUUGUGGUGCAUCAAGCACUCCUGGAUACGCAGCACGGAGUUCGAGGGCUUUGCACGGCAAGCAGUCGUCAGAGUCGUUUCGGAGAUGUUGUGGUGUACACACGUGAUUCGACGUUGCACCACAUGUCUCUGGAUCUCAUUCUCAGAACACAACCCACGGCAGUGGUAUUCAAGCCCGCACAGACACUACAUCUCCAUCCAAGCGAUGAGCCCAAGAGUCGUGGCUUCGCAAUUCCGGAAGUGCCGACUUGUCUGCUCUCCGACGACAAUGGCACCGUGUUGCACAACACGAAAGGCGACUUGCUCAUUACUUGGAAGAAUGCAACUGUGCCCGAAGUUGUGCCGGCCAACUUUGUACUAUUUUCUCCAGGCUCGACCAUUCCUUGCACCAUUUCUCCACGUCUGUUCGCCAUGUAUGCCAGCCCGAUGGUGCACGUGUAUUCUCGCGAUAAGCGAUCCUGGAAGAGCAUCUUGAUGGAUGCGCCAUGCCUCGAAUUCCGGUUUACCGAUGAUGUUACAAUCCAUCUGGCUCCUUCUCACAGUGCUGCACAACAGCCACGGCGUGUCAUUCGAGCCGAGCUCGCUCCAGACCGCUUUGCCUUAAAGUUGCUUGGUCUGGAUGCAACUUGA